AAUAGCGCGUCUGCCUGUACAUUUGAUGCUAAAAGGCUAAAACAAUGGCUUCGAGUGCAUCGAGGUUCAUAAAGUGCGUGACUGUAGGCGAUGGGGCUGUUGGGAAGACCUGUAUGCUUAUCUGCUAUACCAGCAACAAGUUCCCCACUGACUAUAUACCAACUGUGUUUGACAACUUCAGUGCAAAUGUGGUCCUUGAAGGAACAACAGUUAACUUAGGCCUUUGGGACACAGCAGGUCAGGAAGAUUACAACAGGCUAAGGCCCUUGAGCUACAGAGGAGCCGAUGUCUUUGUUUUGGCAUUUUCGUUAGUUAGUCGAGCUAGCUAUGAGAACAUAAUUAAAAAGUGGAUCCCUGAACUUCAGCACUUUGCUCCUGGAAUUCCUUUGGUACUCGUUGGCACCAAACUAGUUCCCGUUUCCACCAUGCAGGGGGAGGAGCUUCGCAGACAAAUUGGUGCAUCAUAUUACAUUGAAUGCAGCUCCAAGACUCAACAGAAUGUAAAAGCAGUGUUUGAUGCUGCUAUUAGGGUAGUUAUAAAGCCCCCACAAAACCAACGGGAGAAGAAAAAGCCACGCAAAGGAUGUAUGGGGUUCGAACAUGUUCUGUGGAAGAAGAUGCUUGGAAUGAAAUUUUUCGAGGUUAAAGUGCUAAACCCGUUUUGUUUUGCUGACUAAAAAUGCUUUGGGCAAUUAACCGGAAUAUUAUAUAGCCGAUUGGUCUCUCCGCAUGUUUAACUUGCUUUUUAAGUGUUUGUUUUGUGAUGAUCUAAUUUGUGUCCUUUGAUGUUGUUUAUGGAGAUAGUAUAGGUAAGCUACUACAGAGUAUCUUAAUAUGCAAUUGGCCUUGUUUUAGUGAAGUUGUUAGUAUAAAAUGAUGGAACUUUGAUUGAUGAGACAGAGAUUGAGAAAGUUUGUUGAAUUUAUGGCCAUUUUAUGUUGAAAUUGAUCCAUUGGGCCGGUAUGGCGG